GGACCUUUGAAAGGAUAUGGUUGAGAAGCGGGCAAACGGCUAUCCCUCCUCCUCAACUCAACUACCUCGUUUGAUAUUAUUUCUUCAGUCCCUCCCUCCCUCCUUGUCUUUCUUUCUCUUUCUCCCUGUAACUGUAAGAGAAAUCAUCUCCGUCUUCUCCAAUCUCCAUGGCCAUGUCCAUGUCCAUGGCCAACACCCUAUCAUCAACAGCAGCUCCUUUCAAGCUCUCAUCAUGUAGAAGAAGUCUGCCCCUUUAUUCAACUUCAUUCCUCCCCCUCAAUCUCAAAACCCCACCUUCUCUUCUCUCUCUAACACCCCACCACCACCAGAUCCAAAUCAAAUCCAGUCACCGCCGUCUCAUCGUCGCCAAAUCCAACGACAGUGACUCUGUCGACAUACCAGACCGAUUAAUCUCAGCCGUAUGUUACUUCUACCCCUUCUUUGAUGGAAUCCAAUACGGCAAAUACGUAAUCACCCAAUUCUCAUUCAUGGAAACCUUAAUUCAACCUCUUGUGCCUGCAAUCAGGGUGUUCAAAAGCUUCCCAUUCAAUGGAUUCUUAGUGUUUUUGACACUUUACUUCGUUGUUGUCAGAAACCCUAACUUCAGUAGGUAUGUGAGGUUCAAUACCAUGCAGGUUAUUGUGCUGGAUGUGCUGUUGAUUUUCCCUGAUCUUUUAGAGAGAACUUUUAAUCCAAAAGAUGGAAUCGGGUUAGAUCUGUUGAUGAGUGUGGAUAGCACUGUGUUUUUGUUUCUGUUGGUGUCCUUGAUUUAUGGUUCAUCUUCUUGCUUUUUGGGGCAAGUUCCUAGAUUGCCCAUUGUUGCAGAUGCUGCAGACAGGCAAGUUAUGUGAACAAUCAUGAAUACAUGCUCAUGAUUGGUUCUUCAAUUUGUAUUAAAUAUCAGUAGUUUUGCUGCUUACUGUUCAUCCUUUGCUCACUAGUCACUUCAUAUGAUUUACUGAUUUUUUGUUCCCAUACAAGUCCUUAGUAAAUUUCAAAACAUAUGUUAGUAGGAUUUAUAAGAAAUCUAGUCAAUUUCUCUGAA